GAUGGCGGCCGGGCGGGUGGGCGGCCUUGCUCUCUCCCUGAGCGAGCCGGGCCGGCCGCGGAGCGGAGAGGUCCCUAGGUGCGGAGCAGGGCAGCCCCGCGGCCGGUGGGGCCUGGCGGCCGGGCGGCCUCGGAGCUCAGCCGGUGGUGGCGGCCCCCCCGGGAAGCCGGGGGAGAGGCGUCGGGCCGGGGGCGGCGCGGGGUUUAGGCGGGCUCCUGUCCCGACGGGCCUCGGCCCUCUCUCCGCGCCGCCCCGCCAAAACGCCGGUCGGGGCUUUGCUGCUCCAAACCGGGGAGACAAGUAUCUCGACACGUGCCAGAAAGCAGGAGACUUCACUCUGAAGUAACUGAUAAACAACUGUGAAGCAUGAGGAUCAACUCUGCUAUUCAGGCUGCUAUUGACCUCACAGCAGGAGCUGCAGGUGGGACAGCAUGUGUGGUGACUGGCCAGCCCUUUGACACUGCAAAGGUGAAGAUGCAGACGUUCCCCGAAAUGUACAAAGGAAUUGUUGACUGUUUUAUGAAAACCUAUAAGCAAGUGGGGUUUCGAGGCUUCUACAAGGGAACCACACCGGCACUUGUAGCCAACAUCGCAGAGAACUCCGUUCUGUUCAUGUGCUAUGGAUUUUGCCAACAAAUUGUAAGAAGAAUUGUUGGAGUAGACAGAAAAACAAAGCUCAGUGAUCUGCAGAACGCUGCUGCGGGCUCCUUCGCCUCUGCCUUUGCCACCCUCGUCCUCUGUCCCACGGAGCUGGUGAAGUGCCGGCUGCAGGCCAUGCAUGAAAUGCAGUUGUCAGGAAAGAUAAUCCAGGGACACAAUACAGUUUGGUCAGUAGUAAAGGGUGUUCUUCAAAAGGAUGGUCCCCUUGGAUUUUACCGUGGCCUGUCAAGCACUUUGCUGCGGGAAGUCCCAGGCUAUUUCUUCUUCUUUGGAGGAUAUGAACUGAGCCGGACGUUCUUUGCCUCUGGGAGAUCAAAAGAUGAAUUAGGUCCCAUUCCUUUGCUACUAAGUGGUGGUUUUGGAGGCAGCUGUCUUUGGAUUGCUGUGUAUCCCGUGGACUGUGUCAAAUCCAGAAUUCAGGUUCUUUCAAUGGCUGGAAAACAGACAGGCUUUAUGGGAACAUUUGUAACUGUUGUGAGAACUGAAGGUGUACUUGCCUUGUAUUCUGGACUAAAGCCAACUAUGAUCCGUGCAUUCCUGGCCAACGGGGCACUCUUCCUUGCCUAUGAGUACAGCCGGAAACUUAUGAUGAAACAAGUAGAUUCUUACUGAUACCUUCUAGGAGAUGGAGGACAAAAGGUUGUUUAAGGAUCAUUUAAAUAAACGAUCAAAAACGUGGUCUGAGCAGGGCCAAAUCAGUGACUUAAUUUUAGGAACUCAACUCCAGUUUAGGAUUUGUAAUCUUUUAAAUUCAGGUGAUUUUACAGAAUGUGUACAUGCUGCUUCAAUUGGACCAGCAGAACUAUCUCCACCUUGCAGAUUCUGCACUAGGUACAUCGCAUGUCAUAAAUAUAUUUUCCUGACCUGUGAUGGUGCUAAGAAAGACUUAUGUUGACCUGUUGGGUCAUAUGUUAACAUAACAUGCAGCAGUAAGCUGUGAUUUGUUUAAGGUUUCAAAAUCUGUGGUGGUGAGCUUUCCCAGUUGUUGCUGGCAAGUCUUUGACUCAAAAUAACAGAAGUCCUGUCUGUGGCCCUCAUCUAGCCCUUCUCCAGCUCCCUUCUGCUCUGUAACUUUUCAAGGUUAUGGCAGUUGGUGCCUGAAUUGUGUACUCUAGAUGUGCUUAUAAAAGGAGGAAGUGCUUACCCCCUACGUUGUAUGACUUAAAGCCAUAAAAAGAUAAAAACACAUAGUUACUGGGGUUAAGGAGACCAUGCACCAUUUUAUUAUUUUCUAAAUCCUUCCAAGAAGUGCUGGAGUGAUUUAAACACUUAAUGUAAGGGAGACUGCUGAAAAUAGCUGCUGGCUCUGAGCACAGGAUUGUAACUUUGUGCAGGCUCCUGUUUUGGGUCACCUUGGCAUGAAUGAGUCCAUGUGCUUGAAGGACAAGACACUAAAGAGGAGUAGAAAGCCAGAACUGGGUUCUUAAAGACAACUGACACCAUGGUCUCUGUGGUGUAGCAUGUGCUUAACUUGGGCCAGAGUCCUGCCACUUGCUGUGUCUCUUCAAGCUGAGUGGAAAAAGCUCAUAUGACUGGAUAGUACGUAUCACCUUCAGGCCUGGCGGGCAUGCCGGCUGGGUCAUGUUACUUGAUUAAACAUGCAGUUAGUGAGUGUUACCCAAAAUGAUGCAAUAAUGCCUAUCAUGCCUAUUUCUAGGUGCUGGUCUUGUUCUUGAAGUAGAGUGUUCUUUAUACAAGUGUGCUCUACCUUGUAAGAAGCAGCUAUCGCCUACCCUGGGAGAAGGCAAAGCAGAUCUCAGAGAAACACAAUUCAUGACUUGGGCCUGGAGGUGUACAGAGGGAUGGCACCUGUACACUGUCACAGCCCACCCUUGUGGAGGGCACAGACAGAGCACAAUCAUCAGCGUUGCACAGAGACCAGCAGCUUGCCACAGCAACCACAACUUGUUAGUGACAAGUGACAACAGUCACAGCUGGAACAGCUCAGUUCUGCAUGUUACAGUUUCCCCUUCAGAUCCCAGAGCGAGGAAGCAGCUUUAGGCAUAGAGGAAAGCCAGGCAGUGCCACCAGGGUGCACAAAAACCAGCUUCUCUUUGAUGAAAGGUGGUUGGGGCAGUUCUACAAACUCUUCUCGCUUCUCCAGCCUUCAUCUGCAGCAAGAAUUGCUCAUCUCCCUUUCAUGCAUCCAAGAUAUAAGGCAGUUAAAGCAGGGCAUGGCUGAAGAGCCUUCAGUCUCUGCACCAGCUUACCCUGGAUGACCAGUACACUAGGGGCAGUAACACUGUGUACAGUCAGUAUUUAAAAAGAAUGUAUGCCAAAUGUUUAAACAAUUCAGGUACAAAGGUGAGGCUUUAAGGGUUGUUAGACUUCCCCUUCUUUUCCAAGUUGUCUACCCAAGAGAAAUAGUAUAUUUGUAUACAUUUCUAAUAGUUACGAAAAGGUGAGGACUGAUUCCACGUCAGUGGAAUACUUCAAUCUAUUUCUUAGAUUUGUCUUUGCUUUCAUUUUUUAAAGCUGAUGGUUGCAGUUUUUAAUACAAAAGUUGAAGCUUCAAGAGAUGCAGGAUAUUUAGAACUGAACCUACAGCAAGAAGCUGGUGGCUGAGACACAUGCAUUUUAAGAGUUUACCUUUUGAAGUUUCUGUAAGCAGUACUUUUUCCAUUCACAGCUGCUUAAGCUGUACACACGUAGCAGUUGUUCAGCUCAGAACUUUAUAUGUUCAUAUUGGAAUUCAGGGGAAUAAAGUUUGAUUUUGUUAACUGAG